AUGACGAUGAUGGACGAAGACGCCGAUCGCGAACCGGCUAUCCGAAGUGUGGGCGGGCUCGACGUCUUCGACUCGAACGGUGACUUGUAUUUCCAAGUCGGCAAGGACGUAGAAGAGAAAACAAAGACGUACUUUGUGUGCUCGAAAGCCCUGGCGAGGGCGUCGGCGGUGUUCGACAAGAUGCUGUACGGCGGCUUCGCCGAGUCGCGGCCCGCAGACGCAUGCGACAGCUGGACGGUCGAGCUUCCCGAGGACCGCCAGGAGCCGAUGGAGCUGCUGCUCCACAUCGUCCACGGCCGCUUCGAGAUGGUCCCCGACCAGCUCGAGCUCACCCGCCUGUACCAGUUCCUCGUCGUCGUCGAAAAGUACGACGCCACGGGGGUCACGCGGCCGUGGGCGCGCGGGUGGAUGGAGGCCGUCAAAACGAGCAUGCAGAACCCGCUGCUGCUGGGCGAUGCCACGUCAAUACGCAAGACCCUUCUCACGACGAUGCUGGAGCCCUACUCGAACCUCUACACGACGCUCAAGCACGGCGACCGCUGCAUGUCGUCGCCGCAGGACCCCACCGGCGGCAAGCGGUGCGACAGCAUCCUCCUGGGCUCGCUCAUCCGGUCCUUUGCGGCGCAGCGCAUCGACCUCACGGCGCCGGACCCCGUGGCGGCGUACCGCGGCAGCGCCUCGGCCCUGCAGUCCGUCCUGCUGAAGCUUGAGCUAUACACGGUGCACUCGGGCUACUCGCACCCGUCGUCGACGCCCUUCAGCUUCGGCCAGGCGGCGCACCCGCGCUUCGGCUUCAGCCUGAGCGCGUGCGAGCACGUGCUGCAGUCGGGCUUGCGGGAGGGCGUCGAGAGGUCGCUGAUGCUGAGGGGGGAUAUGAGCUUUGUGCAGCCCAAGCAUAGGGAGUAUUUGCAGAAGCAGGCGGCGAAGACGGGCUUGGCUAAGUAG